GAAUCAUAAUGAGAAAUGGGCCCAGGCAGCAUCCCCUCAACCCCCGCCACACCCCAGUCCCUCACCAUCACCUCAGCCCCCUCUAUGUCCUCAUCCCUGUCCAUCCCCUCGGCCCCCUGCAUCCCCUCAUCCCCCUGCAUCCCCUCGGCCCCCUGCACCCUUCAUCCCCCUGCAUCCCCUCGGCCCCCUCCAUCCCCUCAUCCCAGCGCAGUUCCCUCUACACUACGCACCCCUUUACGCCGAUGGCGCAGAGGCGGCGGGAAGGGCGGGCCGGGCCGGGCCGGGCCGGGCAGGAAGGGGCGGGCGGCGGCAGCGGCCGGAACGCGGUGGCGGCUUCUCGGUGCUCGGUUCUCGGGCCGGCGGCAGAGGUUUCAGACACAAGGACUGGCAGCUGUGGAUGUGUCUGCCCUCAUAGCUUUCCCGGCUGAGGUGAAAAUGGCUGCAGAAGAGAAGUGGAAAGGUUGGAUUUCAAAACAGCGUAAGGAGGCUGAGCAGGCAGGGGAGAAAGAGCCAUGUGUGCUCCUGGGUCAGCAGCUGGGAGAGCUGGGAAGAUAUGCCUAUGCAGCACUUUGUGGUGUAUCUCUUGCCUGGCUGUUCCCUGAAAACGAGCAAAGCUCCUUCAGGACGGAAUUUAUUGAGGGCUUUGUGAAAUGGCUGGACCUGCCCGAUGCUGUCCUACCUGCCAUGACAGCCUUUGCUGGUGGCUUAGGAGGUGAGGGCACAGAAUCUUUCACUGAGAUUUUGCUGAAGGACCCCAUCUUGGAAGAAAAUCCAGCUGUCAUUACCCAGGACCUCUUAUCUUUCUCUCUUCGAGAUGGGUACUACGAUGCUCGAGCCAGGGUAUUGAUAUGCCACAUAAGCCUGCUGCUGAGAAUCCCCUUGGAGGAGCUGGAAGUCCUCGAGGAAUCUCUGCUUGAGAGCCUGAAGGAACAAAAAGAGGAAGAGUCAGAAGCCACAGAAGUCUCAAGAAAAAAGAAGGAAAGAAGGAAAAAGCUGAAGAGGUACCUCCUGAUCGGUCUGGCAACCGUUGGUGGUGGAACAGUGAUAGGUUUGACAGGGGGUCUGGCUGCCCCUCUGGUUGCUGCAGGAGCUGCCACAAUCAUUGGGAGUGCUGGAGCAGCUGCUUUGGGAUCGACUGCUGGGAUUGCUGUCAUGGCAUCCCUUUUUGGAGCAGCAGGAGCUGGUCUUACUGGAUACAAGAUGAAGAAACGUGUGGGAGCCAUAGAAGAGUUUGAAUUCCUCCCACUUACUGAAGGGAAGCAGCUUCAUAUCACCAUAGCAAUUACUGGAUGGCUGUGUGCUGGCAAAUAUGGGAGCUUCACAGCACCAUGGAGCAGCAUGUUGCAGUCGAGUGAGCAGUACUGCCUGGCCUGGGAAUCCAAGUACUUGAUGGAGCUUGGCAAUGCCUUGGAUUCCCUGCUGAAUGGUUUUGUGAACAUGAUGGCUCAAGAAGCCCUAAAAUUCACUGUCUUGUCGGGGAUUGUGACGGCCUUGACGUGGCCAACUUCGCUCCUGACUGUUGCCAGUGUCAUUGACAACCCCUGGGGAGUGUGUCUGCACCGGUCUGCUGAAGUAGGCAAACACCUUGCACAUAUCAUGCUCAGUCGACAGCAGGGGAAGAGACCUGUCACACUGAUUGGCUUCAGUCUGGGUGCAAGAGUCAUUUACUUCUGCCUGCAGGAAAUGGCUCAAGAGAAAGACUCCCAGGGGAUCAUUGAAGACGUCAUUUUACUGGGAGCUCCAGUGGAAGGAGAAGCCAAGCACUGGAAAGCUCUCACCAAAGUGGUGUCGGGCAGGAUCAUAAAUGGUUACUGCAGAGGGGAUUGGCUGCUGAGCUUUGUGUACAGAACCUCCUCUGUCCAGCUCAACGUCGCAGGACUCCAGCCAGUUGACCUGGAUGACAGGAGGAUGGUAAACAUGGACCUUUCCUCUGUAGUAAACGGCCACCUGGACUACAUGAAGCAGAUGGACACGAUCCUAAAAGCUGUGGGCAUUAAAACCAAGGAAUACCAGCCAGUAGAGAAGGGCAGUGGCAGUCUUUUCCCCCCUCUAGCCAAGAAAUCUCUGCGGGAAGCAGGCAGCAAGGCUCGGGCAGAGGAAAACACCAGGAAAGAGGAGGAUGAGGCUGGGGGUGAGGCUCUCCCAGCCAGCUGUGCUCACCGACAGGAUUCCUCCAGCUCUCUCCUGGGAGAACCCUCUCUGCCCUGCCUGAACUCCUCCCACAGCAGGGACAGCAAGGACCAGGCAGCUGAAGAAGGAGCAAAUUAGAGCAGAGCUGCUUAGCCAGCGCUAAAACCGCUGUCACAGCACCAGCUGUGACACUGGGAUUCCCCAGGAAUAGAGCCGGCGGAGCUGGAGCUGCAGUUUCCAGCUCCUCAAGUGAGCCUGGAGGGUGGCACUGGUUUGGCACUAGAUCAAAGCAUUCAGAGCAGCUGCCAACGGCGGCUCCCACGGACGAAAGAGGGGUGGUUCCUGCCUGUAUCUGCACUGCUCCUCAGGAAUCCGGGACAGAUCCCCGUCCAAAUCCUUUCAGGAAGCAGCUGUUCCCCCUCAGCACUGCGUCCCUAUAACUGAAAAGCAAAUGGCUCUGAGGGGAUUUUAAUCAUAUCACAGAGGGGGGCUCAUCACUAGGAAAUUAAAAGCGUUUUUCCACUGGAGAUUGGUUUGGUUUGUGGAUUUCAGGUGUGUUGAGGGCUCUGCCUGCCCCACUUCGGGCAGAUCAGUGUCCACACUUCAGCUAUGCUGGCUGGGGAGGAGAAAGGCUCGGGCUGCCAGGGCACUUUCCAAUCUCCAAGACUGUUUUCCUGUCUCCAGGUUGAUGGCAAUGAGUGUUGGAGGGCCCGUUCCUGUUAGAAACACAUUUGGGACCCUGGGUGACAGCAGCGGGAAAACUGAUGGCUUAUGAAACUUCCAGGCUCUCCAAGCCCAGCAACCCACUGACACUUUCCUUUUGAGUCACACACACAUCUCCAGCCUUAAAAGCCCCCUUUAUUUUUAAUUGGCUUAAAAUAAAACCCAUACUUGGCAUAGGAUAAACAUGAAUCUGUUUCAUUUCUACCUCCUUCCAUAAAAGUGAAUUGGUUCCACUCUCUUCUCCCCAGUCUCAGAGCAGAGGAAAAGACACAGCUUUACAUCCCCUGCUAGCAGAGCUCCCAAUUCGUGUGGGACUGAUCCACAUCUUCCAUAAAAGCUCAUUUUCUGUCCUGUUUUUCUGCUAAGCCCAGGAAAAUGCAUCUGGCAGGAGCGUGACAAGUGGAUGCCUCUGCUCUGAGAACACCUCUGGGGUUUUCUACUUUGCCACAAGAGUGAUGGUACAAACACCUCCCACCCCUGAUCUGGGAGGUCUCAUUGACUCAGAAGGGGAAGGAGUGCAAUUGCACCUUCCAAUUUCGGUUCACGGAGGGUCUUCCUCCUGCCUCCCUGAUCCAGCACCCCCUCUCCUUCCUUCCCCAGGUUCCCUGCAAACCUUACCUGCAGAUUAUUUCUCACGGAGUCAAAGACAUGGCUGGUUUUGUGGAUGAUGCCGUAACACAGCAAAGCACAACGGUUUGGGUUCAGUGCCUGGUGUUUCCUCUCCCCAAAUCCAACAUCCAGGGGGGCUCAGACCUUCUCAGCUCCUUUCUGGAGCAGUGAUGGGAGACAUCUCUUGAGACAGGCCACAGGGUCCCGCGUGCUGGGGCUGUUUGCCCGGUCAGUGUUGAUGCUGCUGGCUGCAGGGAAAGAAUGGGAUUUCUCCACUCAUCCAAGGCUUUGUCCACAAGCAAAGACCUAAUUAUUACAGUCUUGAUGAGACAGUAAUGAACUAUUGCUUUUGAACAUUUGCCUUGAAGAUAUCUCUCUCUCUCUCUCUGUCCAUCUCCCAAGGCUAAUUUAGUACCUAACAGAUUUCCAGACUCCAUCGUGCAUUUUCCUGCUCCUUUUUAACAGGAGUUGUAGUCAAAGUGUGGCUUUAUAUAAAGCUGUUUUGUGGGAAGAUGCACAUAUUGAUCUCUAUGCUUGACACCAGCCCCAGGCUCUCUGUCCCCCCAUCCAGGGGAAAAUGUAUUGAACAGUUUGAGGUUUGAACCUGAUGAACCCUCAGUGUGUCCCAGUCACUCAUCCCUGACUGCUGGGCCAGUGCUGGCUCCCAGGGGGUACAAAGUACCAAGUAAAUGUCAAGUUGGUCAUAAAAACUCUUGUUUAGUUCUGGAACAUCCAUGGACAACGUGGAAAGAAAACUAGUGAGAUUUGCUUGGAGCGUGGCUGUUUCUUCCAGCAUUCCAUAUCCAGGGGAUGCUCUGUGUCUGUUUGGAUACUGGUGAGUUCCAGGAGCACAGUCAAACCCAUUAAUGGGAGCUCAGAAUUAGGCAGAAGGCUUGGAGGGGAGGGGUUCAGGGAGGGCACAGCAGCCAACUGUCAGCCCAGCUCUGCAGCCCAAAGGCACUUGAGGAAGAAUUUACUAAAAUCAUUUGUUUUAUUGAUUAUUUUAAGAGCCCACUUGCCACAUUACUCACUGUUCUCUCUGCUUAUGGCUAUGGUGGGGGUGGGCUGGGUGGAGGCGGCCUGGAAUUGUCAUUUAAAAGACAGUAUUUCUUUAGAUUCCUAUUUGAAAGGGGGGGAGAGUGAGUGUAUUUUCUAAUUGCAUCAUCUAAAAAUCAACGGAUUGUCAGAGAGAAGUGUGGUGGUCCUGUGCCAAGAAUGGGAAGCUGUAGGAUGGAGCUGUAAGAGGCACUGAUCCCAUUACUACUGUCACACAACCCACAAAGCCAUGACGAGUCGCAUCCCCACACCCCCACAGAACAUCCAAAAAUCAGUGUUGGACAUUCUGCACCCUGUUGAACCCCCAUAGUGCAGCUCUCCAUGAUUAAACACGAUGGUUUCACUGGGCUGUAACUCACUGCUUAACAGGAAACCAAGACAGACAUGCUCCAAGUCAGGAGAGGAAAUGCAGCUCCAAGAAGACGUGAUGUUCCAUGGGCUGAAGCAGCUCCAAACCUCUUAUCCAUGAGUCAUGGGAUGUGUUUCCAUCACUCCUAUCAGUGCAGUAGGUGAAACGGAGGUGAUCCAUGUGUGAAAACUGAAAACCAAGCCUUGGUUUAAGUUUAGGGGGACAGAUGAUCUGGAAUCCAAGGUUCAAACUAACCAGAGAUGGAAAGAAUCUUAGAAUCACAGAAUCACAAAAUAUGCUGAGUUGGAAGGGACCCACAAGGAUCAUCGAAUCCUGGCCCCCUUGGGAUACCCCAAGAAUCCCAUCACGUGCCUGAGAGUGUUGUCCAAAGGCCAGAAGAAGGGUGAGGGACUGGUGCCAGUGAGCAAAGGAGGGAUGGAAGAGAGAGAAACAAGGCAGUGACACGUGGCUGAACCUACCCACAGCAGUGCCCCUCCAAAAGCUGCACGAUGCACUGGAAGAGGGAAUUGGAGCAGCAGCACGUGGGCUGUUUGUGUGGGGCUGAGGGAUCCUUCCCAGCACAUGGAGCUCUGUGACCCCACUCAGGCCACGGGGGUGCCGAGCUGCCCAACCUGCGGCUCCGCGUCCGGGGGCUCUGCGUCCCACAGGCUGAUAGAGGGGGCGUGGGAGGUCAGGGGGGCUGGCAGCAGGUUGGGAUCAUUCCCCAGCGCCCCAGAGUCAACUGAGUCAGUCUCAGCCUGCAAGGUGAGGAUGUUCUUGAGGGACGUGGCGGCACGGGCUCCGCUGUUGGAGUUCCUCAUGGAGAAGGAUAUGGCGCUGGGCCGGGGCUCCCCCGAGCGCCGGCAGCAGGGCAGGAAUUUGCCCAUGGCUCUCUUGAAGUCCCUCAUGAAGAGCGGGUAGAUGAUGGGGUUCAUGGUGCUGUUGCAGUAUCCCAGCCAGGUGAGCACGUCGAAGAAUCCGGCUGGGACACAGCCACAGACAGCCUGGGGGGGCACAGCAGGGAUUAGCAGUGUCUCCCACCUCAGCCCCUAUCCAGAGCAGUUUCCCAGGCACACCAACAUUCCCCUUUCAAAGGAAACCUCCAAAUCCCUUUUGAAGGGUUUUUUCCUUGCUGUUGCUCGCUGGGGAAGUUGCGUCUUUUCUCCCAGAGGUGUUCCAGCGAGACCUUCAGAUUGAACCCAGCUGGAUCUCGAGUGAAAAGCUUUUGAAAACCCAACACAAAACCCCCACAGGUUCUUACCUGCGUCACAUUGGUAAUGAAGAAGGGGAGCCAGGCCACGAAGAACAUGCCCAGGAGAAUGCCCAGGGUCAGACUGGCCUUCAGUGCCUUCUUGCUGUGCUUGUUGGUGAACCUCCUGCUCUCACUGCCGGCCAUAGGCUGGCUUGGGACACAGGGAAUCUGUAGCAGGAGACAGGGAAUGGUGAUGAGCCUCCCCAGACUGGAGCUGCCAGCACCAGUGCCAGCCUCUGCUGAAGAAAAGUGAGGUUAGGUGCUCCAAAUCCUGAAAAAACCCUGCCAUUAAUUCCCUUCUCCAAGAGACAGGAGCAGGGCAUGCACCACAGGCCCUGAACUGCAAAUUAGGGAGAGGAAACAAUAGAAACCCUCAACAUUACCUUAUUUUUUUUACUGUAAAAUAGGAGGUUCUCACUAGGCUGUUCUUUAUAGAAAAACCCAGCUCAUGUUUUGGUGAAGACAAAGCCCUAAAGAGGCAGCUCCAGCUGCUGAUUACAGCAACAAACUAACUACAUUUAUAAAAGCAGGAUGUGAAACAUUUCAGCCUACAAACACCAUAACUCAGGCCUCCAUCCCCCCCGCAAUCUAAAAUGAACUGAUUAUCUCAGCCCUCCACUGUAAUCAAACGAUGCUCCUUUGCCACUCAGUUUCCUGCCCAAAAAGAGAGCAAAAAUCUGGUUAAAAGAUGAAAUUUGAGGGUUCCCUGGCUGACACCUUGUUUUCAGCAAAUUUUGGGCUCCAAGAAACCUUUUGGGCCACUUGCCUUGGCUGAAAGACAGGUGGCGGAUGCUGGUUUUCCACAACAUGACAAAGCCCCUGAGCAUCCCCUGAUCCCCUGAGUGUGUUUGUGGACUCCAAAAACCUGAUAUCCAGGGAGAAAAUAAACACUUUAUGAUAUUGUCUGUUUAUUCUUUGAUUGUCCUUUUCCUUUUGACCGUUUGGUGCAUCAUGUGGGAGAGCUGGGCAGAGUCCUGUCUCUGCUCUUAGAGUGAACAAACUAAAUCAAGGUAUUUAAAGACAAUUAAGUUUGCCUUUUCCCUGUAGGAUAUGUGGUCAAUAAAGCCUAUUACAGGGAAUUAGAGCUGAAGAAAUACAAACAAGUGCAGCCACGUUUUGGUUAUAAAACCCACACAUGAAACCAGUGAUUGCACAAGGAGGGGUUUGGCAGUUCCCGUUAACCAGGUAACAAAAAUAGAAGCUUCUGUUCAAAAUAAGAUGCUCUCCAGAAUUUGGCAUUUGCUAUUAGUUGAAACCCUUCUCCCCCAUAUGUCUCACACCCACCACAGCCAAGAUUUACAAGUGGAAAAUCAGAUAUAAGAUUAAAACCCUCAGGGAUGAUGCCAGCCAAGAGGGGGGCUAAAGUGCCUUUAUUUUGCAUCGCUGAGCAUUUUUGCCUGAAUCUUAUAAUUUCUCGGCUUCUGCUCAUGCUGUUUGUGUGCUCCAGAGCAGCUCUCCAUUGGUGGGACAGACACAGGGCACUUCAGAGGGCGUCAGCAAGGUGGAUGUUGCCCAGAAUCUCCCUCCCUGUGGUCUAGUUGCCAAAGCCAGCUCUGGCUCUAAGGCUGUCCAGAAGGCAGAAACACCCCAGGCACCCAAACUGUGCAAAAAACAAGGUCUGCAAAAAACAAGGUCCCUGCGGACACCUUACCUGUGGCAUGGUGUCAUCAGUAGUGGUGGUGGUGGCCACGUUGGAGGUGAGGGAAGCCACCUGCACCGCCUGCUUGCGGGCAGCCAGGAGGAUGCGGCAGUAGGUGAAGGAGAUGGCAGCAGAUGGGAGGAAGAAGGUGAGGCAAGAGGCGACCAGGGCGUACGGUAAACUGACCACCAGCUGGCACUGGUCUUCGUCCCCCCACGAGGUGACGUUCAGGGAGAGCUCCUCGAACUCCAGCUCAUGCCAUCCCAUCUUGAUGGGCAGGAAGGAGGCCAGUGCAGCCACGGUCCAGGUGGCCAGGAUGAGCCAGAGGGCCCUGCAGGAGGUCAUGCGCAGCUUGUACUUGAGCGGGGAGAUGAUGAGCAGGUACCGGUCCAGGCUGAUGAUGCAGAGGUUGAGGAUAGAGGCACUGCAGCACAUGACGUCGAAGGAGGCCCAGAGGGAGCAGAAGUCCCCCCGCAGCACCCAGCGCCCAUAGAGCUGGUUGAGCAUGGCUGGGGGCAUCACCACCAGCCCCACCAUAAGGUCCGACAUGAACAGGGACACCAGGAAGUAGUUGGAGGUGUUGCGGAGGGAGCGCUGAGUGACGAUGAGGAGGAUGAGGAGGAAGUUCCCCACCGUGGUCAGCAGGAUGAUGAAGCACAGGAAAGCAGCCACCCAGCUGCUCCCCACAAGCAGCGAGUGCUCCCCCAGCAUGCUGGAAUUGGGGGCCCCCAGGUCGCCCUCCAUGGGAGCUUUGGGGUUGGGGGGACCUUCUCUGGCGUGACCUGUGCUACGUGAUCAUCGCCAGAGCUGGAUCCAGGGGAAGAAUGACCACCUAUCUGCUCUGUGUCUGUCCUCCUCUCUCCUCUCCUUUCCUCCUCCUCCUCUCCCUCUCCUCCUCGUCGUCUGCCCUCUCUUCCCCUGCUCUCUUUCUUCACUGGCACUCAGGGCAGAGUGACAUUCCCAGGAGCCGAUCAGCAGAAGCAAGGUUCCCUCCCCGUUACUCACAGCCAGGCAGUGCCUCGUCCCUGCAAAUGCCCCUGCUCUGGGAUGUCCCUGGAUGCUGCUGCUGGAUGCUGGGGAUGUGCUGGAUGGCAGGAUACUCGAGAUGCCAGGGAUGACAGGAUGUUAUGGAUUCUCUGAUGCUCUGGAUGCACUGGACCAGGGAAUAAUAAGCCCCUGGGAUGCUCUGGAUACUCCAGAUGCUCUGCACUCAGGAUACUUCAGAUGCUGGGGAUGCUCUGGAUCCCAGGAUACUCCAGAUGCCAGGGAUGCUCCGUACCCAGGAUACCCUGGAUGUUGGGGAUGAUCUGGACUCCAGGACGCCCCAGAUACUGGGGAUGCUCCAGCCCCCCGAGGCUCAGCUCUUACCCCCCCAGCUGGGCUUGGCUCCCUGCAGAGCUCUCUCUCCGGGGCCUCCCGAGGUCCUCUGUGCCGGGGUGCUGCUGGUGCUGCAGCCAGAGCCGGCGAGGGGAGGCAGAGCAGCUUGAGGCGAGGACCGGGAUGCUCCCAGCCCAGCUCGCUCGGCAGGAGGAAGAUCCGGAGUGUGGGAAGGGUUCUCUCCCGCGGCAGAGGUGCGUCCAGCCUGCAGGGGGUGUGUGUGAGUGUGUGUGAGUGUGUGUGAGUGUGUGCAGGUGCCAACCAGACUUCCACCUGCUGCUCUGCAAUGCACACGAAAGGAUGCAGAAAUGCUGAUUCCAAGGAGGUGGGGCUGGAGAGGGAGAGGAGGAGAUGAAAUGAAACGCUAAUUAAAACAGGGAUCUGGGCUAAACUACACAAAGUGCCAGCCCGAGAGUUCUCUUUUUUGCCUUAAAGAAACAGCCCUGUUCUCUGCUCUCCCUGCCAUCCCUGCCAUUCCUGCCAUCCUGCCAUCUGUGCCAGCACUGGAGCCCCCAUGUUCACCUGGCAGCUAGGCCAGCAGGUCAGUGGCCAAGCCCAAGUGUCAGGCUCCAUCCUCCACAUUGGGUAAUAAAAAGCAAAAUUUUGCAAAACCAAAUUAAAAAAAAAAUCAACAAAACCUGCACGUGAGGCCUCAGGAAGCAAGUAGAGGCAUCACAAAACUGGAUGACAUUCCCACAAUCUGCAGCCAGGAACAGAGGGGCAGAGCCAAGGAGAAAGGCUGCACUGGUGCUGGGACAGCCAGAGGGCUGGCCCCUCUGCUUCAGGGUUUUUUGGGCUGACCUUGGGUAGCCCAGAUCCUUGUCUGAAGGACAAUCCUGCAUGCAUCCACGGCAACUUGCCCUUUGGCAAGUGGAAGGCAACAUGUGAGAGGACCCAGUGGGUCCUGCUGGUGGAUCCAGAUCAGGAAACACCCCUGAGUCUCCAAGUGCCAUCAGCAUCCUGUGCUACCACCUCCACACAUCAGAGCCAACACCUUGGGGUGCUGUGAAGGGAUUGAUUGGGAUUUUUUAAUUACCCAGCUGCCCAAAGGUGGGUUUUUCCCAACAAAUAUCUGUGAUUUCUGUUGGGGGUUGACCAGAGCUGAGGGCACUGGCUCCAGCACAAACCAGAGCCGUAUGUGUGUCUCUGCUGGGCCCCUGGCACCCACCCCUGUGCUCACAGGGCCAGGCACUGCCAGCUGCUGCCCUCCCCAAGACACCACCAGAGCUUUCCUUAACAUGCUUCCUUUGGGAAGUUGUGCUGCAGAUGUGUGGGGAGUGCCAGCUGUGCAUCACACACACCCCCUCACCCCAUCCCACUGCACCCCAGUGCUGUCUGUGCUGCCCUGUCACCCACUCAAGGACAGAAAUCAGUCUCUUUAGCAAGUCCUACUUUUCUAAUCACCUUUUCAACAACUUUGUCAUAUUUUUCCCAGUGGCUGAACAAGCAUUUCAGGACUGGAAACCACCUCUGAGCAAAGGAUGGGGGAGAUGCAAGGCAGAGUUCACCCUGCACAGAGACAAAGCCCAUACACACCCCGUGCCAAAGUGCUCUCUGAGAAACAGUUGCUGUCACUGGUAUCAAGAAAAGCUCUGCCCUCCUUCUGCUUGCCCAGGACGCUCUCCUUGGAUGCUCCCAGCCAAACCUCCCCAGCCACCUCUGCAUCCCUGUGUCCUGGCAGGGAUCCCAGGGCAGAGCAGCGCACGCAACACUCUGAUCACAGCAAGAGGUUUCUUUGGAAAAGCAUUUGCACCAGGAAACCCUCACUUCCUCAGCCCAUCUGUUGCUGGGAGAAGAGAGAACCCCCACCCUCAGCCCACCCUGCAGCAGCAUCCCCAGGCAGGAUAAGUGAAGGCAGCAGGACAGAUUUAUCCCAGCUGGAUCCAUGCUGGUGCUCAGUGAGGAAGUGAUGCCAGAGGGCAAGUCCAGGCUUCCUUCUCAGCCUGGCUGCACCGCAACUUUAGGAGCAUCUCAGUUUGCCUCCAGAGCUUUUGCUUCUGAGAAGGGGAUUGGAAUCACAGAAUGGUUUGGGUUGGAAGGGACCUUAAACCCCAUCCCAUUCCAUGGGCAGGUACACCUUUCACUAUAUCAGGUUGUUCCAAGUCCUGUCCAACCUGGUCUUGGACACUCCCAGGGAUGGGGCAACCACAGCUUCUCAGGGCAACCUGUGCCUAACCUUUCAGGAAUGUUUCCUCCUCAAGUGGGAGGUUUUCUGCUCCUGGUUUGGAUGUGCUUGCUGGGGAAGUGAAUCUGAACUCAUUGAAGCAAAAUGGGUUUUUAAAAACCUGCCUUGAAAUGAGGUCCAAAUCCUACCAUUAUCCCUGCAAAAGCUUCUCCACGCCAGCGGCUCUCCUGGCCUGUCUGUGCUUUCUCCCUGUGCUACAUUUCUAGACACAUCUGCAGGGAUCAUGGCUUCCACCGGCUCUGCUCUCCAGUACCACUAGCAGGGAAAGCAAAACCAGACACCCAAGUGUCAACAUGGCAAAACACAAAGGGCUGGUGAGACAGAGAGAGUCAAACUGGGAUGCUGAGAGACAUCAGUGAGGACAUCCAGGCAGUCCAGGGAUUAAUGCAGCAGCCUCAUUCCGUCCUUUAACUGGGAUGGUCCCUAAGUUUGAUUUUGGGCAGAGCCUGGCUAACUACCUUGAAAAGAUUUGUGUUUUCAUCUGCACAACAGUCCAUCACUGCCUACCUUUGCUGAAGCUCAGCUUGUGUUGAAAGGAGGUGGAGACAUCCCAUUUCAAACACCUUGGACUGCAGCUCCCGGAGUUUACAGGAACAGCCCCCUGCUAAAUCCAGCCUGUUUCCACUGUACACUAGUAAAAGGCCACAUGAUCGUGCUCAGUGACCGCUACGGGUUUCUCCACCUCUUCCUGGUUCUUCCUUGGGAAGACACUUCACAGCAUGAAAACAUUAUGUUAACAGACAGGACACCUCCAGCCCUGCCAGGUCCUUCCUGUUUAGCCUGUCACUGUAGCAUUUGCCGCCUUAAUGCAAACCCUCUCCCACUUCCCAAAGUUCAGAGAGCUGCUUUCCAAACCUGUGCAGAGCCCCCAGAGCCUGCCCCAGAGGGGCAAGAAGAGCUGGACUCAAGGAGGGAGGAAAUAAGAGCGGCACUCAAAGAGAGGCAAUAAGAGCUGGCUGCUGGCACAGCACAGCCUCUGGCCCCUCUGGGAGAUGAUGAGACCUUCCCCAAGGUCAGACUCAGACCAGGGAGCAUCACUGAUUGUUUCUGAGGGCACAUCCACACUGGCCUGGCAUCAGUGGGACCAGAGGUUUGCGAGGGUGCUCAGGGAAUGCUUGAUCCAAACCCCUUUGGGAAAGAGCCCACUGGUUUCAGCCAAGGCACCCAGCCCUUCCUCACCCACAGAGGGAUGUCCAGCCCAUGUCCAAGUUCUCCUUCAUCUGCUCCAGAAGAGCUCCCCCAGGCCCUGAACAUCUGGAUGAAACACGCUGGAUCAAGACUGUCACCUAGUGGCAACAGAGCUGGUGAAGGUUGUGUGAUCCCACAGAUCCCACGCACUUCCCACACAAGUGGGACCUGACAGCCUGAAAACCUCCUGGCUGCAGCGACACCACGCCUGGGCCACAGCUGACGUGCAGUUCCCCGUGCCCACAUGCACAACACAUGCUGAAGAUUUGGGGUCAGUUUUCCUUUCAGCAGCUCUCCCUCCUCCUCCCAAAUGGAAUGCAGCAGAAAGCUGCAGGAGCCACGGUUCUGCCCUGGCCUGGCCCCUCCUGUCUGUCCUGGCUGGUGUCCUGGUGUCAGCACUGCCAAAAACCAGACAGGCAUCAGAGCACUGAGCAGUGGAAGUCAGAACUAAUUUAUUUAAGAAAAAAAAACAAAACCAAAACAAAACUCAUCAAAAGGGGGGGGAGGCAUCAAUUACAAGCUCUGGAAGCUCUUGUCAGGACAGCGCCAAAGAAUCAGCAUUAUACAACAGAGAGAGAGGGGCAGCAGGAGGGGCACAGGGCCCACCCGGAGCCUCCCCAGCCCUGCCAGCACAGGGACAUCCUGGCCCUUGGGCCCCCUUCUCCCUCCAUCACCAUUAAAAGUGCAGCAGGGAGAGGGGGUACAGGGCUGGCUCCUACCCAAACUCCCCCUGGCUCUUGGCUUUCCCCUGCAGCCAUGAAAUGUGAAGCCUCAGCACUCAUGGCAUGAUCCAGGUCCCUCAUCCCCAAGGAGCCAUGUGGUGGCCCUGGGGACAGCAAGGUAAGGGCUGUCACCACCACAGUACCCAGUUGCCUCCCACACACAGCCCCAGAGGCACAUCCUGGGGCAAAACACUCCCCAAGAGCUGCCCGAUACAAAGUGUUAGGGUUAGAUUAGUCCAGAUCCAGCAGGUGCCAGGAGGAACAGCGUGUCCACGCUGAGCCUACAUGGCAGGGAGGGAGAGAGGAGGAAAAAGGGAUGCUGCUGGUCCCACCACCCCAGGAGGGAUGUGCAUCUCCUGUAGGACUGUGGAGAGGCUGCAUCCCUUCUUCCUCCACCCUAGGCAGGAGGCAUUAGAAGAGAAAACCCCAGAAGGGCUCCACACAGUUUUGGAACCUGUGGACAGCCCUGGGAGCCGCACUCAGCUCCUGCUCUCAGCCAAACUGCCCCAUCCACGCUCCCACUCCUCUCAAUAUAUUAUUACUAUGAUGUGCAAGUAGUUUUGCAUCAGAAAAGACUGAGCCCUCGUGUCCCACUCAGCAGCUCCAGCCCUGCCUGUGCCUUGAAACAUUCUUCCAGCGCCGAGGUGUCGGGGAGCAAAGCGUGAGGGCAGCAAUUAGACAGGAAAGACUCCACCCCACCCCCCCUCCCCAAACCCUCUCCCUCUCACACCCCCCUGCCAGGACAGUCCGCACAGGCCGGGUCACUCCUCGCCCUCCUCCUCGUGGUGGUGGUGGCUGGAGGCAGGAGGUUCCUCCACCUCCUGCUGGUGGUGGGUGUAGUGGUGGGGGCCAGGACCCUCGGCAGGCAUAUUCUCCUCAGCGUUCAGGUAGACGUUGAACAGGGCUCCUUCGUGGCUUGGCUCCUUCCCACACGCCUGGCAGCUGCAGUGCAGGAUCUUCUCCACCAGCUUGUCCACCCUGGGGAUCUCCUCAUUUCCUGGACAGUCCAGUGUCACCUGGGCAGCAGGACAAGGACACAGUGAGUGUGGAGGCUCCCGUCCUGAGGAGGGAGGUCUGACCUGCCCCGUGCCCUGAAGAUUUGGGGUGUUUUAAGCCAGAAGUGAUGGGUUUCUAUCCAUAGAAACCAAACCCUCCCUGUCAGUCUGCAAGGUGAGAGUUGUCUGGGAACAUCUCACAAGGUCACAAGCUCCAGAGACCCAAGGAAAAUCACAGAACCAUGAAGGUUGGAAGAGACCCUCAAGAUCAACGAGUCCUACCGUUAACCCAGCACUACCAUAAUCACGCCUAAAUCACAGAAUCAUAGAAUCACAGAAUUAUUUAGGCUGGAAGAGACCUCCAAGAUCAUCAAGUCCAGUCUAUGACUGAUCUCCACCUUGUCAACUAGACCAGAGCACUCAGUGCCACAGUGUCCUAGUUACAGGGGCUGGGACCAGUUUAUCACUAUGUGGGUAUAACCAAAACUGUGUAUUCUACCCCCUCUCUGUCAUUUCUGAUGGACUGUUAAUAAAUGGACUGUUUGCAGCAGCUGCUCAGGGCCCACCUGACACCUCAGGCUACAAGCUGGGUGUUAAAGAAACUCUGCGAGGCAGAGGCAGGGGAGUGUUCUUUUGUUUGCACACCAAUGACUCAGCUGUGAUAACUUCCCUCCAGAAAGGCAUUAACACCUUCACACCCAGCCUGAGGGGUCAUCUCUGCUAAUGGGCCACCUUGGACUGGCAUAACAGGCAGCUGCAACACCCAGACCAUCAAAGAUUCCAAAAAUAUCUCAGGACUCACAAAGAUAAAUCACCCAUUGUAAAACUCCCUGCCUUGGGGGAGGCACUGGGCAUUUCCACCUGAACCUGAGCACAUAUAAUCUUGGGGUUUUGGGACUUCUGGUGUCACUCAUUGGAUCCAGAGGAGGACCAGAACUUCAACAGGACUGUGACUGUCACUCUUGACAAAACUAUGAUCAUCACUUCAACAGGACUGCAAUCAUCAUCUGGACCAACAGGUUUCCUUUCCUUUUACUUUGCCCCCAGGGGACCACAUGGUGCUCAGCACAGGGGUGGACGAACACCAAACACCCUUCUGUUCCUGUCCCAGGGUGCAGGGUUAUACAUCUGUCUUUGUGGGUUAAAAUACAGUUUUAAGAUACGGUUUUCCCUGUUUCACUGCAUUUAAUUGUAAUUUAUUUUAGUAAAUUGUAACUCUGACUUGUAAUGUCUCAAGUUGGUUUAAUUUCUUCCGUCGGUUUACUUUUAAACUAGCACACUGUCCUAGUUAGAGCAGCCAGGACCAGUUCAUCACUGUGUGGGUGUAACCCAAACUGUGUAUUCUACACCCUCUAUGUCAUUUCCCAGGAACUGUUAACAAUAGACCAUUUGCAGCAGCUGCCCAGAGCACACCUGACCCCUCAGGCCAUAAGCGGGGUGUUAAGAAGCCUGUGAGACAGGAGGAUGUUCCUAUCCUCACACCAGUGACUCAGGUGUGAUAACUCCUCUCCGGGGAGUCAUCAGCACCUCCACACACAGCCUGAGGGGUCAUGUCUGCUAAAGGGCCACCAAGGAUUCCAAAAAUAUCUCACGACUCACAAUCACCCAUUGUGGAACUCCCCGCCCUGGGGGAGGUACUGGGAAUUCCCACUGGAACCUGAGUAUAUAUACUCUUGGUGUCUUGGGACUUCUGGGCUCACUUGUGGGAUCCAGAGGAGGACCAGAACCUCGAUCAGACUGCAACCACCACUCUCGACCGGACUGCGACCACCACUCUCACCAACAGGUUUUCCUCUCCUUUUACUUUGGACUCAGGGGGACCACGUGGGGCUCAGCACGGGGGCCAACGAACACUAUUCUGUUUGUGUCCCAGGGUGCUGGGUUAUAUGUCUGGGUUUUGUGGGUUAAAACCAAUUGUUUGUCCGUAUAAUAGUAUUUAUCAUAUUAUUGUUAUUAAAUUGUAACUCUGACUUAUAA